AUGUGCAACCGAUCAUUGGUUCUGGAGUUGCUGCUGGUGGUGACCCUCGCUUCGGCUGCGGUCAGUGCUGCUUCCUGCUCGUGGCGGGCGGCCGGAAGCAACUGGUUCGGAGGAGAGAUCUGCAUCCUGCAGAAGGUGUACGAUGACUGCCAGGAGAAGAGCGACUUCACCGAGUGCCUGAAGCAGAAGGCGCUGACCUCGCUAUCGAGAGCUAUUGAUAUGGAUUCCAUUCAACUGGUCGAUGGAGUAACCCUAGUCAAGCAAAACGUAACGGAUGAUGCUGAAAACGAAGCCGUUCCCGGACUGUCCGACGCCCGUGCCCUGGAAGGCCUGAGCAGCACCGACCGGUCCCUCAUCCAGAAGUUGGACAAAUUCCUGAAAUCGCACACCGUCAAGAUGGAUCUGUCCACCGAAGGUCGAGGACGAGGUGACAAGAACAAGGGUAGCCGGUACAUCAUUGCUGCCAUGCUCACCGCCAUGGGUAUUGCUGGUCCGAUCGGUUUGAAGACCCUGGGUGCCAUUGCCUUCAAGGCUCUGGUCAUCUCCAAGGUUGCCCUCACCAUUGCCAGUAUCUUGGCACUGAAGAAGAUCUUCAAGAGCGAUCACCACGAGGAAACCAGCUUCCAGGUGCACACCGGCCACGACAACCGCCGUAACACCUACGUGGUCCGUCCAGCCCGAGUCCCCAAUGAACCCUACCGGUACUACUACGAGCAGCCUGCUUACUAAGAAGAAAGUCAUCCGGAUACCGGACAUUCCACACACCCCCAACUGAAAGCCAAAACCCCAAAAAACACCCCCCAACAGUCAAGCCAUUUUCGAAUGGAAACCGGAAGGAGAGAAGCAACUGGAACGUGCAACUUUGAAAUAUUUCCACUAGCAUGGAAAUAGCAUUGAAAUCGCAUCAGUUCUGAGACUGCAAUAGAAACAAUUCAGAUCAACACAGGCAAACAAGAAAUGCAAAACAGCGGAGGAAUAUGAAUGAGGAGAAACGAUGGAACACGGAACAAGGAACCGGAACAAAGAGAUCAAAGAAGAAGUAAAUAACGCGGAUGUGCCUACUACCUCUCUUGGUCUGUGCAGUGAUUGUCAUGUAAUUGUUAUUUAUUUUAUUAACGGAAAAAUGUAAUUUAUUUAUUUAUUGAAAAAACAACGAUGUCCCUCCUGUUUUGUCGAUAAGCUUAAAUUAUUGUUGUGCAAUAAACGAAAAAUUGAUU